UGUCGUGACAAAAAUUGAUGAAGCAGAUAUAUCCACUUUAUCAUUAAGUAUAAUUAGCGUUUGAAUUCAAGGUGAUUUUUUCAUCUUCAAUCAAAAGAUUCGAAUAAUUUUAUCGUGCAAUAUCAAGUGAGCGUUGGAGUAGAUAGGUUUGAUAAUUGUGGAUUGAUUCGGAUUACCCACUACUGUAUACCUAAGUGUGAAUAUAUUCCAUUCAUUCAGAGUUCAGAGAAGUAGUGUUGUACUGGCUUAGAAAUGGAAAGAAUGGUAGGUAAAGUUGCUGUGGUUACUGGAGCUAGUUCCGGAAUUGGAGAGAAAAUUGCAGAAAUGCUUGUGAAGAAUGGAAUGACUGUGAUUGGAUUAGCACGCAGAUAUGAAUUGGUCGAAAAACUUUCCAAAAAACUACAGAAUGAAACAGGCAAACUCUACCCGAUGAAAGUUGACAUCACAAAUGACGAUGAAUUAGUUGAAACAUUUAGAGAAAUCGAAAAAAAGUUCGAACCCAUCCAUGUUCUGAUCAACAAUGCCGGUUUGUUUCCACCAGGUAGUCUGAUCACUGGCUCCACCGAACUUUGGAGAAAAGUGAUGGACACGAAUGUAAUGGCCCUCUGCAUCGCAUCGAGAGAAGCUAUACAAAUAAUGAAGAAGAACAAUAUCGAUGGCCAAAUCAUCAAUAUCAACAGUGUUGCUGGACAUAAAAUACCACACACUACUAUUCUGCAUAUUUAUCCUGCUAGCAAAUAUGCAGUUACUGCUUUGACUGAAUCUCUGAGACUGGAACUUACGAGUGAAGGGAGCAAGAUCAGAAUGACGAGCAUCAGUCCAGGAGCUGUUCGCACUGAGCCAAUGCUGGAUGUCGAUGGGAUGGAUAUGCCACUACUGAACCCCGAAGAUGUAGCUAAUGCGGCACAAUAUGUUUUAUCUACACCACCACACGUCCAGAUCGCUGAACUCACGAUCAAGUGUGUAGGAGAAACAAUUUGCUGAAUGUUGAUGGGUGAUGACUGAACUGCCUAGAGCCUAUAUAAUUAUAGUACACAUUUAAAAAUCAAAGCAACUGAUGAGACAAUAACAGAACUGUGUACUUUGAAUACAUCUCAUAUUGUAAUUAAAAUAAAAAACUUGUUAUGUC